AUGAUGAGGCUGCCCCUUCUGCUUUCCGUGCUUCCAAUCGUGUCUUCCUUCAAUUCGCGCCCUCCCACUACGUGUGGCACCCAGUUCACGUGCGAGGAAGAAGCCACAAAGAUCGGCGUCUUCGGCCAUUCGUCUCCGGAUACUGAUGCGGUCAGCGCAGCGAUCAUCUACGCGUGGGAGCUCCUCAACCCACCGCCGGAUGACUCUCCCGGCUUCUCGGGCCCGACACACAAGCAGUGUGCCAAAGCGUACGUCAACACUGACGAGAUCAACCCGGAGACGGCCUUUGUCCUCGACUACUUCCGCGAGAAGGAGCCGCCGAUCCUGCCCAACAUCAGCGCCCUGCCUGUGGGGGCCGAUUUUGCCGUCGUGGACACCAACUCCAUCGCCCAAAUGCCCUCCGGUCUGAUGCUGGCCACGAUCUUGUCGGACACGCUGGGACUCACCUCGUCGACAACCACCGAAGGAGACAAGACGGCGGUGAAGUACCUUGCCCCUCUUGCCGGCGUCGCCAGCUGGGAGAACUUCACCUACCAGAUGCUUGUGGCGAAGUCUAAUGAGGGUUUUGAGGAUCCGGACGGCAAGACGUUCAACCUCCGCAUCGCCGUGCAGGAAACGGUGCGUGAGUCGGUCAAGGAGUUCUUCCCCGGUUUCCCGGCAAAGGCAACUUACAUCCCAAGUCCACCAACGUAUCCUGCCGACUAUACAAACUUCAGCUUCGUGGACCCUUUGACCAAGCACACUUACGGGCCGUACGCCAAGGCUUCCCUCCCCCCGCCCCCGCCAAACCCACACAAUCGCCGAACUCCACAUUCACGGCUUCAGCACGAUCCUCAGUUUUAUGCCGGCUUCAAUCCGCUGUGCCUACAGGCGCUCGUGAUGGGCGAGUGGUUCGAGACGGCGGACGGCGCAACCGUGGCUCCUCGCGAGUACCUGAAAAACGGUGUCUACGUUGUCGACCUCAUGGGCGCCGCGUAUUGUUAUAACGGAACCUUCGCCGGCGUCCAGUCGCGCAAGAAGCAAAUCGUCCCGGGCCUGAACAAGAUUGACGGGGGCGCCAAAUCGACAACGUAUCCCUGCAGCCAGACCGUUGAAGAUUACAAGUCGUGCCCGGAUGAGAAGUAUGAGCCCUCCGAAUCCGACCCGUCCCCGUGGGACGGGCAUCCCGUGUGGCGGCGGCGCCACUUCUCCUGGCACGACGAUGACGACGCUUAG